UAAUGACUAAAAACUGAGAGAGAAAAAGAAAGGUAGGCUAUACAUAUGUAUGUCAUAGUUAUAGGUCUAGAUUGUUAGUUCCAACUCAGUAGAGUUGAGGAGUUGUUCAAAGUUAAACUAUUCUUCCUUUAACCCGUUGUGUUCCCUAUAUAUAGAGGUUCUCGGAAAUAUUUUUCCAUUGAAAACUUUCUCAUCUUAUAAGAUUUGCUAGUGAUCUUACUCAAGUGUUUCAAAGAUGAUUCACUCACAUCUAAACCACAUGUAGAGGCAUAUGGUAAUUGGUUUAUCAUUUUCUUUUGGUUGGAUUUUGCUAAUGGAGAUUGCAAGAAUCAGACAAUGGCUAAACCUUUUAGUUUGUGCACUACUAUUGCUUAAAGGAAAAGGAUAUAUUGUUCCAAAGACUUUGGUCGAGAAUGCAGUAUCAAAAGGAGCUGUUUGUUUAGAUGGCAGUCCCCCAGCUUACCACCUUGAUAAGGGAUUUGGAGAAGGGAUUAACAAUUGGAUUGUUCACAUUGAGGGAGGAGGAUGGUGCAACGAUGUCACUAGUUGCCUUUACCGUAAGGACUCUCGCUUAGGUUCAUCUAAGCAAAUGGUUGAGGAACUUGGCUUUUCUGGAAUUUUAAGCAAUGAACAACAAUUUAAUCCAGAUUUCUACAAUUGGAAUAGAGUCAAGGUUAGGUACUGUGAUGGGUCAUCAUUCACUGGUGAUGUGGAAGAAGUUGAUUCAACAACCAAUUUGCACUUCAGAGGAGCAAGAAUAUUUUCAGUUGUAAUGGAAGAUUUACGGGCAAAAGGAAUGGAAAAUGCUAAAAAUGCUAUUCUCUCUGGUUGUUCAGCUGGAGGAUUGACCACUAUAUUACACUGUGAUCGCUUUAAAACUUUGUUGCCUUCUGGAGCUAAUGUGAAAUGUGUUCCAGAUGCUGGUUAUUUUAUCAAUGUAAAGGAUAUCUCAGGAGCAAGUCGCAUUGAAGAGUACUACAGUCAAGUUGUUAAAACACAUGGCUCUACAGAGAAUUUGCCCACAUCAUGCACUUCAAAAUUCAGCCCAGAACUGUGCUUUUUCCCACAAUAUGUGGCAUCACAAAUCAAUACCCCAAUCUUCAUUGUAAAUUCAGCCUAUGACUCAUGGCAGAUAAAUAACAUCUUGGCACCUGGUGCUGCUGAUCCCAAUGACCAAUGGCAUAACUGCAAGCUUGAUAUAAGCCGUUGCUCACCUGAUCAACUAAGUAUAAUGCAAGGCUUCAAGAUGGAAUUUGAAAAGGCAUUGAGUGCUGUAGGUGACUCUCCAUCUAAAGGAAUGUUUAUAGAUUCUUGUUAUGCUCACUGCCAAACAGAAUCACAAGAGACAUGGUAUAAAAGUGACGCUCCACACCUUGCCAAUAAAACAAUUGCCAAGGCAGUGGGGGACUGGUUUUAUGAUCGAAGCCCUUUCCAUCAUGUAGAUUGCAAUUAUCCUUGCAACCCUUCUUGUCAGAGCCGUGUUUUUGAUCUAAAAGACCACCCUGGAAUAUAAAUUCAUUUGAUCAAAUAUAUAUCAUUCCUAUAAACGUUUCCUAUUAAUUAACUGGUUAUUUAUGGUUUGAGUUAGAAAGCUAGCAAAAUAAGAAAAAGGCCACCACCAUUGCACUGACCUUGUGCAUUGGGUGUCCUCAAUCAAUGUUUAUCAUUAUAACUGUUGCAGUAUCAUUAAAAUAGUAUAUUAUGUGCUAUUACUAA